GAAGCAACCAAGGCAAACCGCCAUUAAAGCAAGCUCUCAACGUGAGUGAUUCGUUUAAGUGCUCUCUUUCAAAAAGGGGCAAUUUUUUACUCAUACCUAUCGCUGGUAUUUUCUUGGAAGAAUGGCGUACAGGGGACAAGGACAGAAAGUCCAGAAGGUUAUGGUGCAGCCCAUUAACCUAAUUUUCAGAUAUCUACAAAAUCGCUCACGGAUCCAGGUCUGGCUGUAUGAACAGGUCAACAUGCGGAUAGAGGGCUGCAUUAUUGGUUUUGAUGAGUACAUGAACCUGGUUCUCGAUGAUGCAGAAGAAGUCCACAUGAAGACCAAGAACAGAAAGCCUCUGGGGAGGAUCAUGUUGAAAGGAGACAACAUUACCCUGCUGCAGAGCGUGUCCAACUAGGACAAUGGAGACACCUAAGAAUCUCACCUUUCCUAGAAAGAAAAAGAAAAAUCUUGUCUUGUUUUUUUGCAAAUGAUAGUGAAUAUGUUUGUGUUCAUAUAACAUGGAUAUUGUUUUUCUUAUUUUUUUGAGAAUAAAUGUUUUUUUUCCUACA